AUGUCUGGUCCCAGCUCUGUUCACACGAUUCGCCAGCCACGAGACACUGGCUUCCCAGAGCCUUUUUCAUCCAGGCGCAACACGACUCUCCCUCACCCCGACGCCGACCUGUCUCCCAACGCCUGCAUCGGCCAGGAUGACGUCCACGCCGACCUUGUCAUGAGGCGAAGCACCCUCCCCUUUUUGCACCGCUCCAAAAAGCACAAGAAGACGCUCGGCCACGGCACCCUCCCAAUCCAACUCGCCGCCACACCGAGCGCCGUCUCGCUCGUGCCCUCCACCGCGCCCAGCACCGUCCAGCACGCCCCGACGCGCGAGGGCGGCGGCGGCGCCCAGCAGCAGCGUCAGCACAGCGGCUCGCAGCCGUCCAUUAUAGAGACGCCGCCGAGCCCGAUAGCCUCCAAGCAUGCUAGGGAUAGUUUCGCGACAACCACACGCGAUGACGAGGAGACACCGCCCACAUCGCCCGACGACGCCUCGACGAGGUCCUCACGGGGUCUCUUUGGCAAAUUGCAUCGGCAUCAUUGA